AUCGACGAGGGGCGACGAGGAGGAGCUCUUUCGGGUCACUUGGAGAGCGACGACGGUACUCGCGUCGAGCGAUCGACACUUUUGUCGCGCCAGGAUAUCGACCACGUCGACGAGGAGCGCGUUGCGACGACUCCGCGAAAACUUCUCUUGACUCGCGCGGUCGCGCACUCGUUGCCGCCUCCGCCGUUCGCAUGCUCGGCCGGCAUAUCCGUUAAACUUUCAAAUUAGACAGCGUGUGCACGCUAGCGCGAGUGGCCUUUUCGAAGGAUUCGCCUCGUGUGUAUGUGUGUUUGUCUCCUCGCGAAUCCGAAUCUUUCUCUCCGUCCUUCUCGCUCCCUCGGUGAUCUCUCGCGGAAUCUGUCGCGCGUAGUUAGAGGAUACGAUGUCGAAUAUCUACUACUCUAGCAAGUACUACGACGACAAGUACGAAUACAGGCAUGUUGUUUUGCCAAAAGAAAUGGUGAAACUAGUUCCGAGGACUCAUUUACUGUCAGAGCAGGAAUGGAGAGCCAUUGGAGUCCAGCAGAGUCAAGGAUGGGUGCAUUAUAUGAUUCACGAACCUGAACCACACAUUCUCUUAUUCAAGAGAAAAAUAACCACCCCUCCAGAACUGAGAGAGGAAGACAAUUGAAUGUGGAGGAAAUUGUUACACUAUUAACUUGUAAAUAACGAUUUAGAUCAUGUUCAUAUUUAUGGUGGGAUAUUUGUGAUGGUAGAGCAAUAUUAUUUUCUUCUCCUCCUUCUUUAAUUGUUUUUAACAUUACAAUGCACUAAAGGAAUCUCGAAUAAACUCUCUAUAGAUUUGAUUUAAGGAAAUUGCGCAAAUCAAUUAUAUAGUAGUUUGGUUAAAUUCCACAGAAUAAUAUGUCCAUGGUCUUUGUGUCUAUAAUUACUUCGCUUAGCCAUUCAUAAAAAAAUGUCGAGCAAGUAUGCUGUAUAUAUGUCUAUAAAGUAUUUUAGUUCUUAAUUAUUGCUUUGUCAUAGGUCUCAUCUUCUCGCAUUAAAAAACUCAAGCAUGAAAGAUAUCUAACGAUAUAUUAAUUUUGACAGUGUGUGACAUAUUUUAGUUGUCCUCAAAAGUUCUAAUUCUGAAGCGAAGUAACUUAUAAGAAUUUAUUCUUGUGAUUAUAUAGAGUGCCUUUUAGAUUAAAAAUUUCAGUUAAGUUAAGGCGCUUAGAGUAAAGGUUUCAUUAAGUUUGACAAGUUUUAACACAAUUAAUACAAGAAAGUAUAAACACAUGUUCUACAUAAUUCGUUUCAACUUUGACUCUGUUUAAAAAUGUUUUAUUUUUAUUUUUGCUCUUUCUCUCUUGACUAA